GGUGGAGCCAUCCGUCGCUGGUGGGGGAGCCAAGAGAGCAGUGAAGGAAGAAGAGAGCUAUUAGUAAGAAGGUGCGUGACCCACCUGAGCCACCACUCCAUGUAAACAACUCGACGUUAAACUCUCUUGAAAAGUUAAGGUUUGCAACAAAGAUAAAAGAUAACUGAGAAAAUAAGUGUUCCAACUUGUGGAACUGCUGUUAAUCUGUUGGACGAAUAUAGUUGACACGAGGUAGAAAGGUGUACUUAAGCAAGUUUCAGGGUGGUGUGUCAGUAGCCUAACAAGGCAGUGUAAAGCUACAAGCCAGGAGUGUCAUGGAUGCUUCCAUCAACGACCUCAGUACCCACACAAACACCCACCCAGAGGAGGCCACUCAUGGACACAACCUCAGUAAUGGCGACGACGAUGGGCUGGAGACGCGAGUGCGAGUGAGCGGAGUGCCAGUACACGCACGCCAGGAGGAGCUGGAGCGCGUCCUCCGCAGUGUGGGCGACGUCGAGAAGUGUGAGAAGUAUGCCUCCAGGGACGGUCAUACACAGGUGGUGCAUGUAACGUAUGAAACCAUGGAUGCAGCAAGGGAGGCAGCCCAGCGACUCAAUGGUUACAACUUAGAAGGCGGUAUUCUUCGUGUGGAUCGUUUAAUGGACCGGAGGCGUGGACCAAGAGGUGCCAUGGGUGGUGGACCAAUGAGUGGAGGACGCAUGGGAGGCCCUGGAACUACUUCUCCAUCUCAACGACAAACAGACUUUCCUCUUCGUAUCCUAGUUCUGAGUGAGAUGGUAGGAGCUAUUAUUGGUCGUCAAGGGUCCACUAUCCGGACAAUCACACAGCAGACCCGUGCCAGAGUAGAUGUUCACAGAAAGGAUAAUGCUGGAUCUUUGGAGAAAGCCAUUACUAUUUAUGGCAAUCCUGAGAAUUGCACUAAUGCUUGCAAACGAAUAUUAGAGGUUAUGCAAGAGGAAGCAGAUAACACCAAUAAGGGGAUUUUGGAAGACCUGCAAGAGGAGGCUGAAAACACAAGCAAGGGAGAGGUUCCCCUGAAGAUUCUUGCUCACAACAACCUCAUUGGCCGUAUCAUUGGGAAAGGAGGAACUACUAUCAAAAAAAUUAUGGAUGAUACUAGUACCAAGAUUACUGUGUCAAGUAUCAAUGACAUCAACAGCUUCAAUUUAGAAAGAAUCAUAACUAUAAAGGGAAACAUUGAAGAUAUAGCUAUGGCAGAGAAUAUGAUAAGUGCUCGCUUGAGGACGAGCUAUGAGAGCGACUUGCAAGCAUUUGCUCCACAGAGUGCCAUGUUCCCAGGUUUACAUCCAAUGGCUAUGAUGUCCACAGUAGGGUUUGGUCUCCCGCGUGGCAGUAGUGGUGGUGCAGGCAUGGGCAUGUAUGGAUCUUCACCAACCUCAUAUCCGCCACUUUAUCCAACACCUAUACCUGGCCAGCAAGGUUCGCAGGGCUCUGAGGUGUGCGAGGAAGUAGCAUUCCUCUACAUCCCCAAUUCUGCAGUUGGUGCUAUCAUUGGGACAAAAGGAUCACACAUACGCAACAUUAUUCGAUUCAGUGGAGCAUCUGUUAAAAUAGCACCUUUGGAAGAAGAUGGACGACCCACAGAACAAACUGAAAGAAAAGUAACUAUUGUUGGCACUCCAGAAGCUCAAUGGAAGGCACAGUUCCUGAUCUUUGAAAAAAUUCGUGAGGAAGGUUAUGGUGUUGGAGUCGAGGAUGUGCGAUUAACUGUCGAGAUUGUUGUUCCAUCUUCACAGGUUGGACGCAUAAUUGGUAAAGGAGGUCAGAAUGUGCGUGAUCUUCAACGUCAAACUGGUUCAGUAAUCAAGCUUCCCCAACAAGGAUCCACUACUUCAGAAGAAACUACCGUCCACAUCGUAGGCCCCUUUUUUUCUGUACAGUCAGCCCAGCGCCGCAUCAGAGCAAUUAUCCAGAUGUCAACAGCCCCUAGUAGUGGGCGUAUUACCCGGGUACCUUUGACAUCACGGAUGCAGUGAGGUCAUACAUAGAGAUGACAUCGUAAACAAGUUCUGCCCACAUGCCAGCGCCACGCCCCAAGCAACAUACCAAAGAGACGGAGAUGUUGGAGCUUAGGACUGACUGUGUGUGUCGGCGGCUUCCCUCACUUGACCUCGCUUGCUUGCUUGUUUUGCCUCAGGGGCCCAGGCUGGUUGACCUGAGCUUGACUAACACAUCACAGAUCUCCGGGGGAUUGUCUGAAGUAGAGUAUUUGCAGUGUAGCUGUUGGAUUGAUUUGCGUUGAUGUAUAUGUAUGGUGUUGUUUUGUUUUAUCAUAGAAUAUGAUUUUGUUUACAGCGGAUGUGAAAUGCUUCUAGUGAUUGCCUUUCAAGAGAUAUUCAGGUAAUACCUUUGUCUUUAUAUAAUGAGUGUGAUGUGCACUUGCAUUGGAUGUCACCCACCCUGGGCCCCAGACACGAGUUGUGACAAAGGUGCAUCAAGUAGCAGAGAGAGCAUUGUGUUGUGUAGUACCCAAGCCGAUUGUGCACAUUUAUGUGCAUGUAGGCAUGUGUGUGCAUAUGGUAAAUGCACCUGAGGCUCCUGUGUUGAGUUCUGACCCCCUGUGUACACUUGUUGGUUGCACCAGUCAAUUUCGCGGCCAACAAUGACGAGUCAUUAGACACUAGGCAACGUAUAGCCUUAUGGCUUGUGUUGAAGUGGUGUUAUCUACUCGUCUAAUUAGUGUGGGCACUGUUGAUAUCAGGGCUCCACUGUUUAGUUAACUAGUACAAAAGUUUGUGGAAUAUAAUGGACCAUUGUUAUAAUAUGGUCUUUUUUGUACGCAAAGUUAUAGCAAAGUUUAUUUUUGAUACAUUGUUGGAGCAGUUUUUUGUUACUUUUUUUUAAAAGAAGGAAAAUAUUAUAAUGUAGCAUGGAAAAUGCUAUAUAUAUAAAAAAAAAGCCUUGUCAGCACUCUCCACAAACCACCUCUCUUCAGGUCAGUAAAUCCUAGACUGCCACAUUGGGAGACUUGUCAUGUUUUCAAGUCAACAUUUUCUGCUACUCCAUAAAGGUGGACACCAUACCACAAAUCGACAAGGAAGUUUGAAGAAAUUAUUACAGGGGAUCAAAAUUCCGAACUCGCAAAACAAAACAAUGUAUGCAAAACAGGAAAUGAUGUAUACUCUAUGAAAUGCCCACUGAUUUUGUAGUACCACGAACAUUGAAAUACUUCACUCAGGUGACUUUAGAAGCUGAUUGGUGCAGCACAGGCAUGCCGUGUGCUGCAUCCGUGACUGGGGUGGUGGCCUGGGACACACCCCACCUCCACUCCACCUGUGCUACCUCACUCCUAUGCCAACCUUCACUCCUGUAGCACCAAAGCAAUUCCUCAUUUGGAUCUUUAUGCCAGAUUCCUUUCCAUUGUUUUGUAUUGUGCAAAUCUCUUAUUAAAAAAGCACCGUGAAAUACUAAUCAGUUGCAUUUUAUUAAGGGGAAUGGUUGCAAUGUUUGCCUUUAUAAGUAUGAGAUAUGUUCAGCAUAUAAAAUGUUUGAUUAAUAUAUAAAAUGAUAUGAAUUGGGUCACUGUUUAUCCUGUUGAAUAAAACAAAUCCAUUAAAUUUUUCCUAAAAGUAGUAUUGGCUGUUCAUGUUGCAUACCUCUUAUGGGUGUUUACAUGAGUGUUAUUGGCUAUUGCUGUACCUAAUUUUCAUUUAAUCAUUGAGGACUUGCUAGGAUGCUAUGAGGGCUGAAACCUGCUGCCAUUUGCCCCAUUUCCAAGUAUAGAAGUGUUAAGGGUAUAGUUAAAGGAAACUCAUGUGAUAUUGGUUAGUUAUAUUGUGAAUUCACUGGUAUCCCAGCAUUUUUGGUGACUGCUUAAUUUUUUGCUAGAGCAUACCAUUCAGACCUUAGUUACCUCUCAUUGACCAAUUAGCAGUUACACCUGGUGGUGUAUCUUGGCUCUUUGCAGCCAUUCGAAAGACUGGGUUGUCAGAACCACAAUUACACAUGUUUUAAGUUGUCAACACCAUGCCCUUUUCUCUUCUGUGCCUUCAUUGUUGGGCAGUAAAGAGGCCAUGAUUCUAAAACGUAAUUUGAAAUCAGCUGAGAUUUUCUACAUAGAUUGGCUUUGAAAUGUGAUUGGCUGUUAAUUGUAAACAUUGUUAGGUCUAAUUAUCGGUUUACUACUUUCCUCCACAAUGCUGGUUUUAAGCUAUGUUAGGUUUCAGGCCAAAGCCUCUGCAGAUACAUGUUGGUUGUAGGUGCGUUCCAUGUAGACGUUCUGAUUAUGGUUAUGAAAAAAUUCUAUUCUACCUGUAUUCCCACUGGACUAUAUGAUAUGAUUGGUGAUUGAUAUUUAAUAUCGUAUUAGUAAAAGUCACUUACUAAUUGCGAAAGGAAAUUGAUGUAACUUUAAAGUACUACAGUAUAUCACAUCAAAAUCGCCAAUGGUACCACAUUUGUCAUUGGUUAUGAACAGCACUUGGUUUUUACGCUAGUGUAUGUGACAGUUUUCUCUGGAUAAUCUUCCAGAUAACAGGUUUUGAGCCUUAUUUUGCCUGGAUACUAGUAGAAAAAUAUGGCAAAAAUGAAAGCUUCUUAUACUGGUCUGGGAGUUUGGAAAUUAUUACCCCACAAUCACUUUCACACUAAAAGCACACUUUAAAUCUUCCUUAUACAGUAUAUCCAAAUUGACCCUUUCAUAUAUUUAUUUUCUUCAAGUAUUCAGACAAAGGGCUCCUUCAUAGUACUCUUCAAGUUUGUUUAGCUGUUAUGUUUAGAUUAUGUAUUGAGGACUUCUUACCUAUCAUGGUUCACUUGGAAUUAGUUAUGCAGCACUUGAAGACUUCCGGGUGGAAAGAAAGAAAGCUCUUUUUUUUCUCUCUCUUUUUGUGAAGGAUAAGAACCCUGCUUUAUAUUAUAUAUUUUAUUGAGUGCUCAGUGCUUACUUGCUUUUCCACAUAGUACACCAAACGUUUCCUAUUUCAAAAUCUUAACUUCUUUUUGCUUCCCCUUCUUAAUUUUAUAUAUUUUUUCAGUCUGUUUCUCCUUUUGCUUUCUUGUAUUAUAUUUAUUUUGUUGAUUCUUUUUGAAUAUAGGGGCAAAGGAUACAUUACCUCUUUUUUCUCCAGUUUUCUUUCCACUCGCUGGCAUGGGAAGAUGUCGUCACUGCAGCCCUUGCAUAGAGCUGCUUUUGCGAUGCCUCCUUUUGUGGGCGGCAUUCACAAGUGACGAAGGUGUAGGUGUGACUGGGAUUCCUGUAAUAUAAUGAGAGCUAUGUUUGUCCUAGCCAAUCUUCACCCCACCACUUGUCAGUGCCAUGCUGAGGGUUCCAUUGUUCCAAGGUAUCCCUAUAUGGCCCAUAAAUAUAUCAAGCAUCAUUUUCUCCUAUUUGGUUUCAAGAUACAAGGCUAUUGUUAUAAAUGAUUUAAAUCAUUAUCAGAUGAAUUAUUGUCUCUAUUAUAGUUUUUAAAUGAUUUGAGUGUUACCACUUGAACAUAUCUUGUUCUUGAAACCAAAUAGAAGUUAGAGUGCUUUUUGAUUUUUUGAAAGUUACAUAUGUAUUGCCUGGUGGCCAUGUAGUCCAGACUGUUGCUGUUUGGCCAUUUGUUAUUGGCAACAUUGGAUGGUGGCAUUCAGGUGGGUAGCUGUAACUCUGGGUUGCUGUGGCUUGUGCCUCAAGAUAGGGCAUGCAUAACUUACCCAUCCCGUUUUCCACGGUGCCUCUAACUUUUCUCCUAACCCCUUCUCAACCUCCUAAAAGUCCAAUAGUCAUUUGGUCCUGGGUUGAUCAGUGUUCUAUUCAUGCUGGCCACAUCUCAUUGGAAACAAUACUAGCUUUGUUCUGGAGGAUGCCUCAGUACAACAGGUUUGGCUCACGUGCCCGGUCUGUAUCCCCUCCUAACCCAGCGGUGCUCCCACAUCAGUGUACAAAGCAUCAAUUUCGCCGCCUCUGCACCUCCCACCGUGUGCCUCGCACCGCUGUUGCUGUUGAAGGGGGACUCACCUCAGCCAAGUCACUACUUAAAUCUUAAGCCAACCUGGAGGGGCAUCCUUCCACAUUUUGCCUCUGCCGUAACCAGUCAGUCUGCCUGAAGCUGAGCUUAAAUACCAGAUUUUGGGCCUGGCACUACCAUCACCACUACAAUUACCUCUGUCCACCACCACCACAACUACUCCACAACUAUCACAUUUGGGUACCAGCCACUGCUUUUCCUCUACUGGUUCAAGUAAUAAACAAUUUCAGGUUAAAAAAA